AUGGAUUUCCCCAAUUGCACUGAAGGGGUGUUUGCCACAAACAGCAGUGGUAACGACUCCCUGGAGACCACUAAACUCCCUCCCAGCAAGGUCCUGCUCACGGUGACCCUCUCUGUAGUGGCUAUCCUGACUACAUUCUUCAACUGCCUGGUGAUCACAGCUAUUGCAGUCACCCGCAAGUUGCAUCACCCAGCCAACUACCUCAUUUGCUCCUUAGCAGUGACCGACCUGCUGGUGGCUGUGCUGGUCAUGCCCUUCAGUAUCAUGUACAUCCAAAAAGAGACCUGGGUUAUGGGCCAAGUGGUGUGUACCAUCUGGUUAAGUGUGGAUAUCACUUGUUGCACAUGCUCCAUCCUACAUCUUGCUGCAAUCGCCAUCGACCGUUACAGGGCCAUUACUGACGCAGUGGAGUACUCUCGCAAACGCACGGGGGCCAGGGCUGGAGCGAUGGUGGCUGUGGUGUGGCUCUUGUCCAUCCUCAUCUCACUUCCUCCUCUACUAUGGCGGCACUAUAGUGAGGAUGCAGAGCAGGAAGACCAAUGCAUCAUCAUCCACCAUCACAUGGCCUUCACCUUGUACUCCACCCUCGGAGCGUUUUACAUCCCCUUGCUUCUCAUCCUCAUCCUCUAUUACAAAAUCUACCGGGCUGCUCAAACCCUCUAUAUGCGCAGGGAAGCCAGCCGGGCUAGCCGCCACUCAUGUAUGACCAAUGGGAGCAUGAUUCCGUCAUCCUACCCUGCUGGAGAUGACGUCGGCGACGGGGGACCUCGAAGUCCAGAGCCCAUAAGCCCACCAGAAAAGUCGUUCUCUGAACCCUCAACGGAGGAACCUCCACGUGAACGUGUGCGCGCAUCAGUAAAGGCUUUCAAGUGCAAGUCACGCCGGCAUGAGUCACAUAGUGAGUCACGUCGGAGCCAGUUUUACCAAGGGCCACGGAUCUCAGGCUCGAGGGAGCGCAAAGCAGCAUCCACGUUGGGGUUGAUAAUAGGGGCCUUUGUCAUCUGUUGGUUGCCAUUUUUCGUCAAGGAGGUGAUCGUCAACACGUGCAGUUCGUGCAGUACUUCAAUGGAGAUGGCUGAUUUUCUUACAUGGUUAGGCUACCUCAACUCACUGAUAAACCCCCUAAUCUACACCAUCUUUAAUGAAGACUUCAAAAAAGCUUUCCAAAGACUUGUUAGGUGCAGUCAUUACCUCUGAUGGUUACAAUUAUGCAUGAUCAUACCUAUACACCGCCACACAUAUGUGUACUGUAACCGGGAGGGGACAAACUAAAGGCUGGAGGUCAGAGAAUUCUGACUAAAUGCUGACUUCAGAGUGCCUGAAAGAUAAUAAUCUCAAAGAGGAAAAGGACUGGCACCCACACUCCACAAGGCACUCCAACAGCCUAAAUUGCAUCAGCUCAGCAAUGAGCUUUGCAGCAAAGUUCCACAUUGAAAUCCAAGUCCUGCUACUAAUAGAGCGGCCUGAGAGUUCCUUGAUGUUAAUUGGUGUGUUUGAAAGGACAAUGACAUGGUUGGUUUUUAGAAAAUGGGCAAUCUCUGACCUUUUUAAGGUCUGGGUUCAGAGCAUUAGUGAUCAGCCCCAUUUAAAGGUCUUGAAAUAGCUAACCAUUAUGUCUGUUCCAGCUAAUGACCUCCCUUCUAUCUAGUCCAAGCUGCUGGCUGAAAUACAAAACAUAUGUAAAAUACCAUAGCAGACCAAGUUGUGACUUUCUGUGGCCAUGACAUAACAUCACAUCUGAUUGUUGACAGAAAUAUUUACCGGAGGUAGAAUGUAUUCAGCCACACAAAACAUUCCAAGAAAUAUAAAAUAAUAUGAGGUAUUGUCAGGUAAUGGCAAUGAUAUUGGCUUAAUUCAUUUGACAAUGCAAAGAGUAACA